GGUACUUUACGUCAUCAAGGCGCGCUGGCGGCAGGAGCUGUGAGGGCGGUUUGCCGAGCGCUGCUGUCGGGAUUGCUUUCGGAAAGACAUGACCACACAGUACGGUAUUCUCUUCAAGCAAGAGCAAGCUCACGAUGAUGCCAUUUGGUCAGUUGCCUGGGGAAAAAAUAAAAAUGAUGGUUCUGAAACAGUGAUCUCUGGCUCUCUGGAUGAUCUGGUAAAGGUCUGGAAGUGGAAUGAUGAGAAGCUGGACCUGCAGUGGACUUUGGAGGGUCACCAGCUGGGGGUGGUGUCAGUGGACAUCAGCCACACGGGGGCCAUUGCAGCAUCCAGCUCCCUGGACGCCCACAUCCGCCUCUGGGACCUGGACACUGGCAAACAGAUCAAAUCCAUAGAUGCUGGUCCUGUUGAUGCUUGGUCCCUGGCUUUUUCACCUGAUUCCCAGUACCUUGCAACAGGAAGUCAUGUGGGGAAAGUAAAUAUUUUCGGUGUUGAAACUGGAAAAAAAGAAUAUUCUCUGGACACCAGAGGGAAGUUCAUCCUUAGCAUUGCAUAUAGUCCAGAUGGAAAAUACUUGGCCAGUGGAGCAAUAGAUGGCAUUAUCAAUAUUUUUGAUAUUGCGACUGGAAAACUUCUGCAUACGCUAGAAGGCCAUGCCAUGCCCAUCCGCUCGCUGACCUUCUCCCCUGACUCCCAGCUCCUGGUCACUGCCUCCGACGACGGCUACAUCAAAAUCUAUGAUGUGCAACAUGCAAACCUGGCUGGCACAUUAAGUGGUCAUGGAUCCUGGGUUUUGAAUGUAGCAUUUUGUCCUGAUGAUACCCAUUUUGUUUCCAGUUCAUCUGAUAAAAGUGUAAAAGUUUGGGAUGCUGGAACAAGGACCUGUGUCCAUACUUUCUUUGACCACCAAGAUCAGGUUUGGGGAGUGAAAUACAAUGGAAGUGGGUCCAAAAUUGUGUCUGUUGGUGAUGACCAAGAAAUUCAUAUUUAUGACUGCCCAGUUUAAAUGUCUUGACUCAGAUGCUUCAGUAAAUCUCCUGUAGCAGUUUCAAGGGACUAUGUAAUUUUAUAUAUGAUAAAAGCAUUUCAUAACAAUCUGCAAAAUCAGGUAUGUUUAUAUCUAAUUUGGAUUUUGUUUAGCAUGAAAGCUUUACUUUUUUAAAAUAAAAGCUACAGCUCCAA